GCAGCAAGAGCUGCAGCAAGAGCUGCAGCAAGAGCUGCAGCAAGAGCUGCAGCAAGAGCUGCAGCAAGAGCUGCAGCAAGAGCUGCAGUAG